GUGCUUGUCCCAGAGAUGGCAGCGUGGAGGCAACGCAUCCAACUCCUGCACUGUCCUCUCCCUGCUUGGAGCCCCCUGUGCCUUCAUGGGCUCGCUGGCCCCGGGCCACGCUGCCGAACUGUCUGCGGUGGAUGUGACUUUGCCCUUCUCAAGUCCCUAAUCCUGCCUGUCCUUUUGGCAGAAGGCAGUUAGGGACAUGCUGUACCUGCCCUCUCAGGGAUGUCCUGCAUCCACGGUCCCAGGGUCCAGGCCUGCAGUUUCUUUCCCAGCUGAGGGGGCAGGGCCAGUGAUUGUGUCCCCGUUGUUCACUGAAGCAGCGAGAGCUCCCUGCCCAAGGACACCCCAAUGCCACGUGCUAAAGCUGGGCCCAGCCCCAUGCCUCCCAGCUCAUCGGCUAGGAGGCUGCAGCCCGUAGUGGCCCACACGCUUCCUCUAUGUUGGCUGCUGCAGGGACCCAAGAGCCCUUUGACCCCUGGCACUGCCGACUCAGCAAGCGCUUAUCAGGCGGUGAGGCCCACUUUGCCCACUGUGGGCACAGGGGCAGGCUGCCAGGUUGCUGGCCUGUAAAGCACAGCCCUUUGAACCCUGGUUUGAGCGGGGCUGGUGCCAGAGCCCAGCCCCAGGCCGCAGCCAGAUUCCCUUCCUUAUGAACUGGCACGAGAGCCUGCCCUGUGAUGUGGGACAGAGGGAGCCGGAGCCAACAGCUGCUCACUUGUCAGCCCUCGUCAGCAGCUGCCUUCCCUCCCAGCUAGAGCAAGACCGUGCCUCUUGCUUUGGGGUGGUGGACCCACCUUUGUGUGGCAAUCAUGCUGAUAGCUGGGCCAUUCCAAAUUCUCCCCAUGUGUUCAGCAAACACUGAAUGAGCACCUACCAUGUGCCUGGCACUGUGGGUGCAAAACGUUAUUUGGCAAAAACCAAAUCAUAUUCCCCAUGCUGUGGGAAAGCUACUAUUUAAAGGGCCCUUGAGACGCAAGGCAAGGAAUAAUGCCCCGAUGUGGUACCUCUAUACAGAUCUGUAUUGUCCAGCCUUGGUGUUGCCGAAAGUGGGGUUCAGCCAUAGUGAGAAAGGCCAGGAUGGUGGCUGGACUGCUGGGCGUAGUGGCCACAACUCAUUUCCAAAGAGCUGGGAGGGAUGGGUGGCCUCCUUGUUCUGCUGGUACAGUCUUCCUGAAGGGCCACCCCCCGGCUCACUCUGAUUGGAGUGAGAGUCCUGGACCCGGUCCAUACUGAGGGGCCUCAGGCACUGAGAGGGCUUGCCACUGUGGAAGGAGCGGGCAGUGAGCAGGGCCACCGAGGCAGCACCACUUCCUGGCUGGGCAUCGUGGAGGCAGGUGUAGAAGGAGAGGAAUCACGUUAGGACUGGAAGGACUUCAGAGAGUGGAGUACCAUGGGGAUGAGCAAGCAGAGGGCACCUGGGGGACAAAGUGUCACCUUGGUAAUUAUUAAUACUGCCUGGGCCUUGCGUGAUGCCGGCCACAGUGCCCUCACCUGCUUGGUUCAAACAGGGUGCGUGUUCUAGGUCCCACAUCUACCCCAUCUAGCUUUAUGAACGUGAGAAAUCCUUUCCAGCUUGAGUCAGAUUGAAGGACAGGGUCAGGGUUGGAGUUUGCUUCAGUCAGGACCUAAAAGAAUGUCCCUUAGGGUUUUUCUCACUAAGCUCCAGCCAUGCUCUCCUGCCUCUCCUGCCUCCACACAGCCUGUGACAGUGACUCCCAGUCCCAUCCUAGCCCCUGUGCUUGCACCCCAGGGUCCCCGGUGGCCCUGCCACCUACCCUCCAGUCCCCAAACCCCCGUCGAACUGCGCCUCCCCGGGUUACUCCGCCCUGGCAGUUUUGUCCUGGACGACCUUCGCCGCUAUUCCGUGGACCUACGCUACACGGUCUUUCAGACCACGGGCUCCGUCCCCAUUUCCACAGUCAUCAGCAGCGAGGCCAGUGGUAGCCGCACCAUCAUACAUGCCUACAGGAACCUACCAGAUGUGUCUGCUAAAGACUUUGAGAAGGUUGACCUGACCCGGUUCAAGUGGAUCCACAUUGAGGGCCGAAAUGCAUCAGAGCAGGUGAAGAUGCUGCAGCGGAUAGAACAGCACAACGCCAGGCAGCCUCCAGAGCAGAAGAUCCAGGUGUCUGUGGAGGUGGAGAAGCCGCGAGAGGAGCUGUACCAGCUGUUGGGCUACGGAGACGUGGUGUUUGUCAGCAAAGAUGUGGCCAAGCACUUUGGGUUCCAGUCAGCGAAGGAGGCCCUGAGGGGCCUGUACGGUCGCGUGAGGAAGGGGGCUACGCUGGUCUGUGCCUGGGCUGAGGAGGGUGCCGAUGCCCUGGGCCCUGAUGGACGGCUGCUCCACUCCGACGCUUUCCCACCGCCCCAGGUGGUGGACACUCUGGGGGCCGGAGACACCUUCAACGCAUCCGUCAUCUUCAGCCUGUCCCAGGGGAAGAGCAUGCAGGAGGCACUGAGCUUUGGCUGCCAGGUGGCGGGCAAGAAGUGUGGUCUGCAGGGCUUCGAUGGCAUCGUGUGAGUGCCCUGUGGCAGGAAGCACCGGCUCACAUCCCCGCCCCGGGCCAGCAACACUGGCUGCCGUCGCCCUCUCUUCUCUGGCCAGCUGGCAUCAGGCUGCCUUGCCCCCCCAGGCAGAUGCAGGCUGUGGGAGGGCUCCACCUGUGACCUGGCAUCUCACAUGGCAGAGCUGCAGAGCAAAUAAAUCUUCCCCAGAGCCA